AUGACCUCCAAGACGAUCCCACGCAAGCAACCGAUGUCCCCCUCGUCGUCCAAGCCGUCAGAGUCGAUGUCGCCGCGGCACAACACAUCUGCUGCGCGGACGUCGUCGAAUCCGGAGGACAUCAUGAUGCUCUUUGAUAAAAUCUGCAGCGACUACUUCAUGGCGCGAUACGCGAGCACCGACAGCGGGCGGCACAUCCUCUUGUCGUCGCUGACAAAGCUGUGUCGCGUGAUCAACCGCCAACAAGUCAGCGACAAGAUGAACGCGCGGAUCGCAGCGUACUGCGACGCGUUGGUGGCCGAUGCUCGGAAGAAGGAGCACGACAUGAAGCGCGCGGCGAAGGACGACAUCCAGAUCGAAGUGGCGCUGCGCGACUGGAUGAAGCCCAAGUUUCUGCAUCUGCUCGAGGAAAUGCGACUAGAGUUCGAACUCAACUACACGGGGUCGAUGCCCGACGUGGUGGGGAAGGAAGUGGCCGCGCUCGGCGAGAUCCGCAUCGAGGGAUGGCUGCGCAAGAAAGGCGCGCACGUCAACCUAUGGCGCGAGCGGUACUUUAUGAUUCGGUCGUCGGCCAACGGCACCCACAUCCUGUGCUACUUUCGUAAAAAAGGCGACCGAGAGCCUCGAGGGUGGUACGUGCUGGGGCCGGGCUGCACCGUGGACGAAGUGCGCGAGUCCCCGAGUCUCAUGGAGUCGAAGAAGCUCUUUACCUUUCGCAUUCGGCACUACUCGAACAAGCUCACGGACGACAACUCGAACGGAUCGUCCGAGGAAGGGGCCGACAUGCUGCCGCCGCCGCCGCAGACCGCUUCGGUCCAGACAUCCCAGCCGCCACCCCCCUUCCCAUCCCAUCCCCCUUCGCUCCUCUCCAGCUCUUCGUCCGGUGAUGGCUUUGACUUCAACUUUGACCCCAAGGCGAACAUCAAGAAAGCGCGCAUGAAGAAAAUGGCCGUCGCCGCCACCGCCGCCACUGCCGCCACUGCCACGUUGGUUCUCACGGGCGGGUUGGCCGGAAUCGGCAUGGUAGGCGUAGGCGCGGCGGCGUUCUCGUCGGCGGCCCUCACCGCGUCGGCGGGGUCGUACCUGACCAAGACACACACGGCGCCCAUCGCGCUCGCCGCCGAGUCGCUUGAGACAGCCAUCUGGUGGCGGAACUGCCUUCUCGAGUGCAUCACGCAGGCCGAGCACCACUGGCGCAAGUACGUCCAGUGGUACUUGGCCCAGGACGACAACGACGAGUCUCUCGGGGACCCCAUGUUGGUGGCACCCCCAGCAUCGAUUGGCCCCACCCCUCGACCAAUCAAGAAACAGCUGGCGUGGCUGCGACAUGUGUUGGUAGGGGCCACCCAUCGCUCGUGGACGCUGCAUGCCCAAACCACCAACCUCCGCGUCCACCGCCUCCGCCAUCCCACGACGACGCAUGCCGCCGUGUUGAAGGCAUCGCUGUCCAUCCCUGGUGCGUCGGCCGCCCAGGUCUUUGACAUGCUCUACCAGCUCGACAGUCCAUUCUACAUGGCCAACAGCGUCAUCCAACACGCCAAGAUCGUCGCUUCUGUCGAUACCCACAAUGAUGUGAUGUGGUGGCAGUUGCAUCCGGUGGCGCUGUGGCCGGUGGUCGCAGAGGCGCGGGACGCCGUGCUGGCGAGGCACUGGCGGCGCGACGCCAACGGCACGUACGUCCUGGUCUUGCACUCGACCAGUCACCGCGACUGCCCCAGCACUCGACACGUUCGAGCGGACGUGGUGAAUGCCAGCUUUGUCGUGGCGCCGCCAUCCGUCGAGUACGUUUCAAGUGACAACGACGACACGAGUUGUUUGGUGACGUUUGUGCUGCACAUCAACCCCCGCGGGUGGCUCGACUCGGCCGUGGCGGCGCACUUGGCGUACCCGCACAGCUUCACAGUGGCCAUGCUCGACAUGCUCGUGGAUCUCAAGGGUGCAUGUGUGGCCCAGCAGUAUAAACCACCGCCGAAAACCACUUGA